GGGAGAGGGGGUGUUGGUAUUGAAAUAGGAAAGAAAGGCUAGAGCGUCGGAACAAACCCUAUUCUGGUUGCUUCGCGCGACAGUGUUUGAUGAUUGAUGAUCUCUUUUCCCGUCAACCGUAUCCAGAUUCGAGGGUUCAGUCCCUCUAAUCCUUUGGAAGUGCCGAACCGGAAUCGCCUCUAUGUUUCUUUCCCGACGGGGAAACCUUCCUUUUCUCUUUCGAUUUUGUUCCAACCGAUGGGAGCGGUCGAUUUUCCGGCCUAGUCAAGAUCUCUUCGAACGAUUGGGCUGUGUUCCGGCGAAAACUUGAAGUGGGUAACGAGAAAAGGCGGUUUCCCGGCUGCAACAUCGGGGAAAGGAAGCCGUGGCUUUGCGCCAGAGGGCCUUUCGUUGUUUCUAAAUGAGAAGAUCCUCCGUCGUUAGGGUCUCAGUUGUACUUUAUUAUCUUCUUCGAAGCGACUGUAAUCCUCUAUGGGCUUCUAGUGUACUUUAACCUUAAUCUUGUUUUCCCUUGAUUUUUGUUAUUAUUUCUUCAACGAAUAGUGCAGAAUGGAUAUUAUUUCUUUAUCUUUUCUUCUGAUUCCUUGCCGAGAAUUGGUCAUAGUUGAAAGAAUACUGAAACUUUUGGCUUCUCUGUAAUCUUUAUUCAUAAAUUCAGAAGUUGGGCAUGCGUUGAGAAUUGAGAUUUGGGGUAUUUCUUGGAGAAAAUUGGGGUACAUUCAGAUUAUUUGUGAAUUUGUUAGCUUUUUUGCACCGAUGGCAAGCGCCGGAGUCGGUACGCAAAAUAACAGGCAGUAUCUUGGAGUAACCGAGCCAAUUUCGUUGGGUGGACCAACUGAACUUGAUUUAAAUCGAACGCAGGAACUCGAAAAGUUUCUUGCAGCGUCUGGAUUGUAUGAAAGCCAAGAGGAAUCAGUUGCUAGGGAAGAAGUGCUUGGCAGAUUAGACCAGAUAGUGAAGAUAUGGAUUAAAAAGGUCAGUCGUGCUAAAGGAUUCAAUGAGCAGCUUGUGCAAGAAGCAAAUGCUAAGAUAUUCACCUUUGGUUCUUAUCGCCUUGGGGUGCAUGGUCCAGGUGCUGAUAUUGAUACACUAUGUGUUGGCCCCAGACAUGCCACAAGAGAAGAAGAUUUCUUUGUGGAACUCCAUGGCAUGCUAGCAGAAAUGCCAGAGGUGACAGAGCUUCACCCUGUACCUGAUGCUCAUGUUCCUGUAUUGAAGUUCAAAUUUAGUGGGGUGUCUAUUGAUCUUCUUUAUGCAAAGCUUUCCCUUUGGGUUAUUCCUGAGGAUUUGGAUAUUUCCCAAGAUUCUAUACUACAGAAUGCUGAUGAACAGACUGUUCGUAGUCUCAAUGGUUGUAGGGUUACUGAUCAGAUUCUGCGCUUGGUUCCUAAUAUUCAGAACUUCCGAACAACACUGCGGUGCAUGAGGUUUUGGGCCAAACGUCGUGGUGUAUAUUCCAAUGUUUCUGGCUUCCUUGGUGGUAUCAAUUGGGCAUUGCUUGUGGCUCGUAUCUGUCAGCUGUACCCAAAUGCUGUGCCAAGUAUGCUGGUGUCUCGUUUUUUCCGAGUUUACACACAAUGGCGUUGGCCAAAUCCAGUCAUGCUAUGUGCUAUUGAGGAGGGUCCUUUAGGUCUUCCUGUCUGGGACCCAAGGAAAAAUCCACGAGACAGACUCCAUCAUAUGCCAAUAAUAACACCUGCCUAUCCAUGCAUGAAUUCUAGCUACAAUGUGUCAUUGAGUACUCUGCGUGUAAUGACUGAGGAGUUCCAACGGGGGAAGGAAAUCUGUGAGGAAAUGGAAGCAGAUCAUGAGGCAAACUGGAACAGUCUGUGUGAGCCUUAUCCCUUUUUCGAAGCAUACAAAAACUAUCUCCAAAUAGAGAUCACAUCUGAAAAUGAUGAUGACCUACGCAAAUGGAAAGGUUGGGUUGAGUCUCGGCUCCGUCAGCUUACACUGAAGAUAGAAAGAUACACAUAUGGUGUGCUCCAGUGUCACCCUCACCCAGGUGACUUUUCUGACAAGUCGAGACCCUUUCACUGCUGUUACUUCAUGGGUCUACAGCGGAAACAAGGUGUGCCUGUACAGGAUGGUGAACAGUUUGAUAUAAGACCAAUUGUUGAUGAGUUCAAGCAAUCUGUAGGGAUGUACACUUUAUGGAAGCCUGGCAUGGAAAUCCAAAUAUCUCAUGAAAAAAGAAGUAUACCACUUUUUGUCUUCCCUGGUGGUGUUAGGCCUUCUCGUCCUCCAAAGCCAGCUGGUGCAGAUGGCAGGCUGAGUGGAAAGCGAAAAAUGGCUAGCCCAGGUCAAACAGAAAAAGUUCAGGAGGAUGCAGUCCAUGGUCAUGGUGGGCCACAUGCUGAUGUGGCCGAUGUUUCCAGCAAGAAAAGAGCAAUACAUAAUGUAAUGGGGGAACCGUCUACCAUGCCUAAAACUGCAAUUCCAGCACCUGGUGACCUGCAAAUCGCUGAAGGAGCUGGCAAACUCAGUCCACCUGUUGGCUUGUCUGAAGCACUUGCAUUUGAAAAGAUAAUAUCAGCUCCAACAAAUGGAGCUGCAAUGAAUGGUCUUGAAGCUUUCUCUGAGGAGCUGGUAGAGCUGGAAGAAUAUGGUGCAAAUGUGCAUGGAAAGGAGACGAGCAUCGUCACCGAAUCUUCAAUGCCAAUGUCUGCAAAGGAAGUAGAUAGUGUCCCGUCUAGCCAAGCAAUUGCUAACUACUUCCAAAGUGGAGACGUAGAAGAGCUUGAGCCUGCUUUGCUACAUGCCCGGCCUUCAAAUGGAUUGUCUUCUCACACAUCUAAACCUCAACGCAGGCAACUGAUUAGGCUAAAGACACCGUUUUCAGUGCCUCCAUCCUCUAGCACAAACACAUAAAUGCUGUAGCCACAGAUCCAAACGAGGAUUAGGUAAAAAAACUUCCUGUAGAUCCUUGAAAUCUUUCAUCUAAUAAGUUCAACUAUAGAGAUUCAAAGCAGCAUGGCCGAUGUAUGGGCAACAUUGACAACUGUUCAGAGCAUGAAUGGGAAAUCCAAACAUUUUUGUGUUGGAAUUGUGCAGUAUUAAAUUCCAUAGAAUCUACAGGAUGAUCAAUCUCUGGUCCUCCUUUGUUUUCCC